AUGUCAAAAUACAGACGGACGUCCACAGCCCCUUCGAGAGAUUCUUUCGAACACCUGGAUACUUUAAAGCCUAGUGUGAGUAUAUCAGAACCAAUGUUGAAGAUACCCAUGCAAGACCGGCGUAAGAGCACACAGCCCAAUAACCGUUCGACUGGGGGUUCUGGGAAUUCUAUUCAAGGAGUGAUGGGAGCGAGACGCUACAGUAGGCGCUUGUCAUCAAAAUCCCGGAUGAAGCGAGAAGAUACACAAGGAUCUUCCUUAAAUAUACAGUCUGUGAAUAUUAAACAAUUAGAACCCACAUACAAGUUGGAACCAGAUGUAAAAUUUUCAGCCAAAUCGGUGGAAGAUAUCAUUAAAGAUAUACUUAAUCGCAGACUGCGAGACUAUAAGUAUGACAGAGGGCAAACACCAAUUUUUGGAAAGAUUUUGAGUGAUGACAUCAAAGAAAGGGUGAAAAAGUUGAAUUUUGAGCGUUACAAGAUCGUAUGCUAUCUUGUGAUUGGUGAAAACCGAGGUCAAGGCCUUCAAAUGUCCAGCAGAUGUCAAUGGUUUCCGAGUACCGACACAUAUGCCUCCUACAAUUACAAGAAUGCAAGUUUGUUCUGUUCAUGCACCGUUUAUGGAAUAUAUGCAGAAUGA